AGGUGUGGGAAGAGUACAAGCCUAUAUAUAUAAAUGGAGUGAUCCAGAGUGCGGAAUGCCACUACUGCCAUACUCUCAUGAGCUGCAAAGGUGCUGAUGGACGUUCCAACGGAACGAGCCAUUUAUGGCGACAUCAUAAUAAUUGUCGAGCAAAAGAGGGAUUUGACCUGAGUGAGCUGCAUGAUACAGACUUCCCUUAUGGUUUGCACGCAUGAGCGCCACAAAAGGGACGAGCUGCUCCAGGCUCCAGUGACUCCGCCACUGCCGCUGUUUUCCCCAAGACCAGCAGCCUCUCCUCCCGACGGCAACCAUGCUCAAGUAGGGAGCAUGGCAUCUGGGAGCGCCGCCGCCGGUAGCCAAUCGUCCGUGGGUGAGAGUGAAGAGCUCCUAUUUAUCAUGUUAUUAGUGGACUGUGUUAUGCUGUCAUGUUGUGUUUACUGUCUAGUGUGUACUACGGUUUAUUUUUGUAAUACCGCGUCACGUUGGGAGCUUGAGAUUGCCAAACCAUACUGCACUUGGGAGCCAAAUACAUUGGACAUUUGGAAAGCAAAUGUCUUUACUGUUUUCAUGUUCUGUACCACUGAAGGUUAUGUCUUCUUAAGUUUCUAAUACUAGCAUUUGAUGUAUUUUGCAAGUUGCAAUGACAUGGGCCUGGAGGAUCAAUUAAUUCAAUCAUUGAGCACUUGAAAAAGGAGACAGCAAAUGGGGCAGUAUUCUGAUCUCAUCUCAGUUUCUCAUUAAUUUUUUGUCUUUAACUCCUUAUUACAUGGUGUAUUUUUAAUUUAUAUAUUCUCCGUAUUCCGGUGUGGCUGUUUUUGGAAAAUGCCGUAUCCCGUGUCCCCGUAUGCGUAUCGCCGUGCCUCAUAUCCGUGCUUUUUAGCAUAAGAUUUGGAUCUUUAUUAUCAUUAGGUGUGAAUGACAUUGAUCCACUGAACCAGAUUCUUCCAGAGCCACUUGAUGACAUGAACUUGGUAAAUCAUAGUGAGAACGACAGAUUGAGAUCGAAGGUAUGGAUGGACUUUACACCUGUCUAUGUUGAGGGGAGAAUCCAGGGUGCUGACUGUGUCCAUUGCCACACACGACUUAGUGCAGAAAAAAGUACAGGCGAUUUAAACCAGCACACUCAGACUUGUUCAGCACGGGCUGGAACUAGUGUAAAUCAUCAGAAAGGUGGGCUUUUCUCGUCCAGUGUACCAAUUUUUAAAUCUAGGGUGAAGGAUGAACUUUUACCUGCCUUGACAAAUGGUAAAGUUCAGAUUGCAGAAUAUGCUAGCAGGUUCCACUUGGGUUAUAAUUCUGGUGACAGAACUUGUCAAAAUCAGCACAUUCUGGCUUUCCCAGCAGACAACAUGAUCCCAAUGGAACAAGAUAAGUCGUCUGCUCGUACUCCAGAUAUCAAGAUCAGGAAAUUUGAUCAAGAAGCAUCUUAUCUAGAGCUAACUAGGAUGAUAAUAAUGCAUGGCUAUCCCCUGUCAGUUGUGGAGCAUGAAGAAAUGAAAAGAUUUGCGAAGGGCCUUAACCCUGUGUUUAACAUGGCUUCAAGCCUAGAUAUGGAAGAAUAUUCAACUCUGCUGUUUCAGAAAGAGAAGUCUGACCUUAAGGAGAAAAUUGCACUUUCGUCAAGGCGAGUUUCGUUAUCAGCAAGUGUGUGGGUCCCUCAUGGAGCUGAGCCCACAAUAAAGUACCUGUGUUUGACCGCGCAUUUUAUUGAUUCUGAAUGGAAGCUUCAAAGGAGAAUAAUCAAGUUUGGUGUGCUUUGGUCCUCACCUUCUAAUUUGGAAAGGAUGAUACACUGUAAGGAAGCUUGUGUGCUAGAAUCUGAGGUUGGGGCGUAUAAUGUCAUAUUGGAAGCUAUAAGAGAGUGGAAUAUUGACAGGAAGCUUUUCUGCUUGACAUCUGUAAGCGAAAUAAGAAACAGUGGAAGUAUCUCAAAGCUGAAGGACAUGCUUAUACAGAGGAACUGUCUUCCUAUUAGAGGUGAGCUAUACAAUAUUGCUUGUGUGGAUGAUAUGCUUGACAGCGUUCUUUCGAAAGGGCAAUCAUUGCUUUACCGUGUCGGUGAUCUGCUAGAGAGAUUUAUUCAAGCAUGUGCAUCUUCAUCGCUGACUCAGCAGCAACUUUUGGAAGUUGCUAACGAUGUUGGUAUGAAGUGCCCCCAUGAAGAUGCAAAGUGGUGGCAUAAAAUUUACUUUAGACUUGAGGUGCUUUUGCAUUUCAAGAAGUUACUUCCCUCUGAAGAAUUUGUAUCUGUGGAAGAAAUGAAAAUUGUUGAGCCUAUCUAUAAGAUUUUGAGGGUUUUCUAUCGAGUCGUUGAAGUAAUGUCUGGGCCUGUUUGCCUGACAGCAAAUCUGUACUUCCAUGAAGUAUGGAAAGUUAGGACGAUUUUGCAAGAAGAAGCAUGUAAUGAACACUCCGACGUUGCUAGCAUGAUUAGAGAGAUGCAGGAAGCAUUCAAUGAAUAUUGGGCAAAGUCAUACUUGUGGUUGUCAGUGCCUGUUGUUCUUGAUCCGAGAUUCAAAAUUACUUUUAUCGAGUUCCGUCUUAAACGAGCUUUUGGCACUGAUGCAACAAAGUAUGUAAAUGAUGUAGCUGAAAUAGUGAGGGAAUUGUUUCAUGAAUAUUGCACCCCUGUGGAUCAGCCGAAUGUUAAGACUUCAAAUUGCGAAGUUCACAAUGUUGAAAUAGAUGGAUUUGACAGUGAUUUAUUGGAAGAUUGGGAUCAGCAUCUUACUGCACAGACAAGGAGUCAACUAUUGUCGGAGCUUGACAGCUAUCUUGAAGAUGGUCUUCUUCCACGGAAGGAUGAUUUUGAUAUUCUAAACUGGUGGAUGAGUCAUUCUUCAAAGUAUCCAACCCUCUCAAAAAUGGUGCAGGAUGUCUUGGCAAUGCCAUCAUCCGCUGUUCACUGCCAGGCAGCAUUCAGCAGUGAGAGCCCAGUAAUUCAUAAGCAAUGGAGCACAUUAAACAUCAAGACAAUUGAAGCACUUGUGUGUACCCGAGAUUGGAUUAGCUAGGCUCCAUGUUAUGCUACAGAAUGCUCUUCAUGGAGAGAAGGCUAUGCGUUGUACAAAUACCCAUUCUUCUUCUAACAUUGGAGGAUGCUAUUGCUAGGACGACUUACUAACGAACCAUUCUAUUUGCGUGCCGGACAUAGUUUCACAGCGUCUCAAACGUUUCUGCAUUCCUCUCCCAAACAAAUGUACACAUCGGCUCAUCGCAGAAGCUUGUUCUUGGGGUGUAUCAUGCUAUGUUGUUUCCUGUGUUUAGACCCGGGGCUCCUCCUGCCCA